CACAGCUAGGUUAUAAAAAGGGAGAGAAUAAGUGACAGAGAAAGAGAGUUUGAGUGUGUAUGAGAGUGAGGGAGAUCAUAGUCCACAAUUGUUAAGUUUAAUUGGUUAAGCAAAGCAAGCAGCAGACUGGAAAACUACAGAGGAAAAGAAGCACGCCUUUGGAUAAGGGAGAGAGCCAGGAAGAGGGAAAAUAACUCUUUAGAGUGUAGGGUGUGACAGACGUGUGCAUACUCUGAGGGAAGCAGAAAGUCAGGAGCCACUUAUACCAGACUGCUGAUUCUGGACACCCAGGAAAUACUUGUGCGGGCUUCAACACCAAACUCUGAAGAGCAGAGUGCCCACUUGUGUGAGCAGGAGUUACAAGGGGGAGAUCAAGAAAAGGUCAAGAAGGAGAAGGAGCGAGCUCUCAGAGCAGGAAUUAAAACCAGUGGCUCUAGGAGAAGUGGACGUACUCGCGCGUCUUUCCCUCCUGCGUCUACGGUGUGUGUGUGAGAGAGAGGGAACAGCGAUGGCUCAGUGCCACUCUGCUCUGGUCCUUCUGCUCUACUUCUUCAUGGUCCAGUUUGUUGAUCCGUCUGUGCCAGACCCGUGUCCAACACCAUUUGCGCGCGCCCUUUUGCCUACCACAAACCAGAAUAACUGUGAAACGAGCAUAGGGCAAAAAGAGCAGUUCCAAUCCAAAGUCACAACAGUGCUGAUUCCCCUCCUCUACCUCGUGGCCUUCCUGGUGGGCCUCCCCGCCAACCUGGUGGCCCUGUGGGUUUUGCUCUUCCGCACCAAGAAGCAGCCAUCCACCACCCUGCUCAUCAACCUGACCAUCUGCGACCUGCUGCUGCUGGUCGUGCUGCCCUUCCGCAUCGCCUACCACUUCCAGAGCAACGACUGGACGCUGGGCGAGCCCCUGUGCCGCCUGGUGAUGGCGCUCUUCUACGGCAACAUGUACGGCUCGGUGCUGUUCCUGGCGCUGAUCGCUUUCGACCGCUACCUGGCGCUGGUGCACCCGAUCGGCGGGCGGGCACUGCGCACCUACCGCUACUCCGUGUACAUGAGUAUGGCGGCGUGGAUGGUGGUGUUGGUGGCCAUGGUGCCCCUGCUGACCACGCCCCAGACCUUCGUUCUAGACGACCCCAACAUCACCACGUGCCAUGACGUUCUGCCCGGUGAAAUACAGUCCAGCUUCCUUGUGCCGUACUUCGCCGGCCUGUUUGCCAUCUGCUUCCUGCUGCCGCUGCUGGUGGUGCUCUUCUGCUACGGGUCCAUCCUGUGCGCGCUGGUCACGGCCGGACGGCGCUACGGCCACGCCGUGCGCGUCACUGCGCUGGUGUUGAUCGUGUUCCUCGUCUGCCUGUUGCCCAGCAACGUGCUGCUGCUCUCGCACAACUCCUACCUGUGGGAGAAGGAGAGUGACAAGCUCUACAUACCCUACAUGGUGACGCUGGCACUCAGCACCUUUAACAGCUGCCUCGACCCCUUCAUCUUCUACUACGUGUCCGAGGACUUCCGGGAGAAGGCGCGGCAGGUGCUUUUCUGCACGGACCUCAUGAAGGUGCCAACGUCCAGCCAGCUGAAUACGCGCUCGUCCUCCUCCUCCCGGUCCAAGGUGACCCUGCUGUCCACUUCGGGCCGGGUGUCAGUGACUCCCGAGGCCCCCUGCCUGCACGGAGCUGCAGCCUGAUGGCAUGGGGUUGUGGGAAGGGCAGUGUGAUGCUGCUGGGAUACUGCGGUAAGAGCAAGUGCCUCCCCAGUGCACCCCAGAGACUGUACUCUCCAGAUGGCGUGUACUGGAGACACUGGCUGCCUAGAAACAAUUCGUGGCUGAUUUUCCAUCUGUUUGUGUUAAAUGCAUUUCUGUCAUUUCCGAUGCUAACGGCUUUCAUACAGGGAACCAGGAGUGAUUCUAUCUAUUGUCAUCAAAGGCCCAUAUUGGUAUUGUAAAGACCAUAUAAAACAGUCAAUAAGGUGGCUUAUAUUUGCAUGUUUACAGAACAUACAGUACACAGAAAAAAAUUCUGUAAAAUGUUAACAUUAUUGCUGUCGAAAAACGUUGCAAUCUGCUUUGUUUUGUUCUGACAGUCCUGGAUGCUUUGUGAAGAAGUCUAGAGUGCUAGCCAUUCCUUUUUUGUGCUGGAAAACAGUGUUAAAUUCCAUAAACACAACACUUGUUUUAGUCAGAGUUGGAGUGUGCUUGAGGAUCACAGUGGAAGUAUUAUUUUACUCUUUGAAAAAAGGACAUAGUACAUGAUAUAUUUAAUAUUCAUUUGCCUUGGUUUUAUAAUGUGUAAUGCCGCCAUUUCAUUUAAAGUAAUGAAAACACUGUCAUGUUUCUCAGCACAUAUUAAUAUCUAUUUGUGGAAAUACCCCACAGUUUGACAAACUUGGAUGGCUUGUUAGUAGUACAGGUUUGCUGAACCCUCUUCUUUCUGUCAAAACCAUUCCAGAGGAUUACAAUUCUUCUUCAACCUAAAGUGUGUAUUAUCUGGAAUGGCUUUAAAUAACAGUAGCAUUUAACGAGGUUGUCAUGUCACUGUUUGCAUUAACAUAAUUAAAAGACCAGAAUGAACCAAA